AUGCCCAUCUCAGCAGAACACGCACCAAAAGCCGCAUUCUUCCGUGCGACAAGCCUAUGUGCUGUGCGCGGCCUACAACUGACCCGUGUACCAUGGCUAGAUCGGUUGGGGUUCCAGGCAUCGCACCACAUCACUGCAAUGCUGCGACCCUUCACAGCAGGGACCUUCAGUCACGCAGAAACCUACAAUAUGGUGACAAAUGCGCUUUAUCUCGGCAACAGCCCAAGUUACUCCGAUGACCUACGAUUGUUUGUGGUCUUUCCUCGUCUAGAAGCAGAUAUACGAAACAACAGCAGACUCCUAGCCUGUUUCUGGCAAAAAUGCAUGCUGCCAGCCAUCGAUGCUAUACACUCGCCUCAUAGACUAAGCGAACAGAAUUGUGACGGUAUGGACUAUAUCAGCCACGUCCCAAAAGACGAGAUGGAGUUCCUAGAUGAGAGCCUUGCCACUUUUGGUUUACAUACCCCGAACCAACGUCACGAUAGCGCGCAACUCCUUUCUUUGGACCAAGCGUGGGAAGGCAUCGAACAGACUGCAGCGAGCCACGAAGACCUUCAAAGUCUACGAGACACAUUUCUCAUCGUUUCCUGGGAAGCGCCUGCGGUGUCGGUAGGAAUGUGGGAAGCCGCAUCUUUCGAACGAUUCCUGAACCCGGAUUUUAUCGAUCAAAGAUGCGGAAAAGUCGUAUACGAGAAGAUGCGCGAAGAACGGCCGGCUCUGCAGACUCACAUGCGAACGGUAUCGAGAAAGAGAUCGGCAACAUUGACGCAGUUGGAAGAAAAGCCCGAUCCGAAAAGAACACAGAGCAUGGACAUGAAUUAG